GGCGUCCCCUACGCCGUUGGCCUUGCCUUCCUUAUAAAAUCACUUUUCUUCUUCUUCUUCUCUUUCUCCUAUAGCCAACUCAAAGGUCACCCAAAAAGCACACCAAUCUCUCUCUCUCUCUCUCUUUUUCUCUUUUUUCCAUGGAAGUAAUGUUACAGUGGCCAUCGAAGAUUGUUUUCAUCACUUCCAUGGCGUUACUCAUGGUGGUGAUGAUGAUGAAAGUGGUGGUGUUGUUAUGGUGGAAACCAAAGAAGAUCGAAAGCCAUUUCUUAAAACAAGGGAUUAAAGGCCCACCUUACCAUUUCUUCAUCGGCAAUGUUAAAGAACUUGUGGGGAUGAUGUUGAAAGCUUCUGCAACUCCCAUGCCUGAUUUCUCUCAUAAUAUUCUCCCAAGGGUCCUUUCUUUUUAUCACCAUUGGAAGAAAAUCUAUGGUACACCAUUUAUUGUCUGGUUCGGACCCACGGUUCGGGUCACAGUGUCGGAUCCUGAUCUGAUAAAGGAAAUCUUCAUCUCCAAGUCCGAAUUGUAUGAAAAAAAUGAAGCCCACCCUUUGAUUAAACAGCUUGAAGGUAAUGGCCUCCUUAGUCUAAAAGGUCAAAAAUGGGCUCAUCAUCGCAAAAUAAUUACACCCACUUUCCAUAUGGAAAAUCUCAAAUUGCUUGUGCCGGUGAUGACACAACGAAUGACCGAUAUGCUAGACAAAUGGUCCGCAAUGUCGGCCAAUGGCUCUAGGGACGUUGAAAUCGACGUCUGCGAGUGGUUUCAAACGCUGACGGAAGACAUCAUUACGCGUACCGUGUUCGGUACUAGUUACGAAGACGGGAAGGCUAUUUUUUGUUUACAAGCUCAACAAAUGGUACUCGCUGCCGAGACAUUUCAGAAAGUGUUCAUCCCUGGCUAUAGGUUUAUGCCGACGAGACGAAAUAUAAGGUGCUGGAAAUUGGACAAAGAGAUUAGAAAAUCGUUGAUGAAAUUGAUCGAAAGCCGGAAAUCGGAGAAUAGAAGAAGAGAGGACGGAGCGAAAGAUUUGCUGGGAUUAAUGAUCGAAUCUUCGUAUUCAAGUCCAGAUAUGAGUGUGGAUGACAUAAUUGAAGAGUGCAAGAGUUUUUUCUUUGCAGGCAAACAAACCACAUCCAAUUUGCUGACGUGGACAACUGUUUUGCUAGCAAUGCACCCACAGUGGCAGGUGCAAGCACGUGAUGAGGUGUUAAAGGUGUGCGGAUCACGUGACUUACCCACCAAAGAUGAUGUUGUCAAAUUGAAGACGUUGACUAUGAUAUUAAAUGAAUCACUUCGGUUGUAUCCGCCAACGAUAGCCACAAUAAGACGAGCCAAAUCAGAUGCUGAGCUUGGGGGUUACAUGAUCCCACGUGGGACUGAACUUUUGAUACCAAUCUUGGCCGUUCAUCAUGAUCAAGCCAUAUGGGGCAACGAUGCUAAUGAGUUUAACCCAGGCCGGUUUUCCGAAGGUGUGGCACGUGCAGCAAAACACCCGAUCGGUUUCAUCCCGUUUGGUCUUGGGGUUCGGACAUGCAUUGGACAAAACUUGGCCGUUUUACAAGCCAAGUUAGCCCUUUCAAUUAUACUUCAACGGUUUACCUUCCGAUUGGCCCCAACUUACCAGCAUGCUCCAACGGUUCUCAUGCUACUUUAUCCACAAUAUGGAGCCCCAAUCAUCUUUCAACCUCGAUGAUUAAAGGGUCCUAAUUAUGUUACUCGAACUCAGAGUUUAGUGUUCAUUCUGAAUAUAUGUCUCACACGGGUAUAUUUAAUUUACUAAAUCUUACAUGUAUUUAAAUAAUCACAAGAAUUAUCGAACACAAAGUUAAAAGAAAAGAAUUUGAGUAACAUAGCACAUCAAUACAUCUUUUGUGUAGUAUUCAUUCGUGUGUCUCACUUGAAACCCCAUGAUCACAGUUUUCUUACCAAAAAGAAGGUUUAGCACAAAACUCUUGAUUCUUGUUUAAGGUUAGGAUUAUUCGUCUAGUUUAAUAAGUUGUGUAUUCGUUCAUGUCCCAUUAUUUUUCUCUUGUGUAUUUAUAUGUAUAUUUUGUAACACAAUUUUGUAAUGUUGCAUCGCGAUUGAUGAUUUUCUUUUUCAA